CAACAGUAACACAAGCGAAAAUAAGUCAGUUUAUUGGAAUCAAUUGAGGGAGAUACACUGAUACUCUUUUGUGAAUGGUUAAGUUAAUCUUAAAUUCAUAUUUGCAAAACUUGGAUAUCGUUAAUUAUGAGAAACAAAUAGGGAUGAGAAGAAUGAGGAUGAAGGAUGAAGGAUGAGUGUGGUAUCCAACCCCUCCCUCUCUGGUCCCUCCAGGGUCUCCUUCUAGACAUAAACCCUACGGAAACCCUGGAUCAUGGAGACUAAAUCGGACGGUGGUUCUUCAUCUGAAAUGAGCCUACUCCUCCUCACAUUUAGAAAUCGGAGCACAGUGCUAAAAACAGUUCAUUACGCGCUGGGAACCCUGAUGGCAUGCGUGGUUCUAGUGUGCAUGGUGGAGUUGAUAAAGCACGAGGGCGCGCCAAGCACACAACGGAGUAUACAACAUCGAAAAGUGCUAUCUCUAAGUGAAUCAGUUUUAUUACGAAGUGUGAAGAAAAGUGAUGGGAUAUAUGAUGUAUUCAUUUCUGUUAAAACUAGUGCUAAGUUCCACGAGGAACGACUGGCUGUGAUAUUAAAAACCUGGUUUACUCUAGAUCCUACCAAUAUUUUCUUCUUCACAGAUGCUGAGGAUCCCAGUAUCAGGAGUAUAGUUGGAGCCCAGCUCAUCCCAACCUCCUGCUCAUCUGACCACAGUAGGCAGGCGCUCAGCUGUAAGAUGCAGGCGGAGUUCAACUAUUUCCUCAAUACUAACUCAAGAUGGUUUUGUCAUUUUGAUGACGACCAGUAUGUGAAUAUUCCCGGUUUGCGGCGGAAGUUGGCUGAGUUUCCGCCACAUCUGCCCUGGUAUCUAGGGAAGCCAAGUAUCCAGCGCCCCCUGGAGAUACUGGACAAGGAGAACCCCGUGGACCAGAAAAAGAUUCGCUUCUGGUUUGGAACAGGCGGAGCCGGAUUUUGCUUGAGCCGACCUCUGGCGGAGCGGAUGGUUAAUUUGGCUGGGGCAGAGCAGUUCAUCAAUACGGCGGAGAAAAUGCGCCUCCCGGACGAUGUUACGAUGGGAUACAUCGUGGAGAUGCUAGCCGAGGUCCCGUUGACGAAAUUGGACGAGUUUCAUUCUCACCUUGAACCUCUCCGCCUUGUGAGGGAGCUGGAGAAGCAGAUAAGUUUCUCCUACUCCAGCUACGGGGAUGAGGAUGGGAAGGAGGAGCGGAAUAUCGUCGAGGUUCAAGGUUUUCAGGAAAUGAUGGAUCCAACCAGAUUUCUUAGUAUUCACUGUAAACUCUUCCCAAGUACGUCCUGGUGUUCUGCUAUCCCUUAAAAGACAUGCGUCCUGUUGUCCUAUUCUUUGUUCUUCCUUCAGAUAGAGGACAAUCAUUUUGAUGCUUGUCUUACGAAUAGAGAACCAGCGUCCUUUGCUUGGUGCUUGCCCUCCUCCAAGAAGUACUUGAAACCAGUUGUUCAGGUCCUUCAGUUAUUUUUUUUGCUGUACGCUGCACACUAGCUGUACAGGUUUCUAGUACACUAGGGUAGAUGUACAGGAUUCUAAUGAAGUACAAGUACUAGUCCUGUAAAAGAGUACAGUACAGUACAGUACAGUACAGUACAGUACAGUACAGUACAGUACAGGACAGUACAG